AAAGCAUGCUACUUUAUUUUUUUGAUCUGCUAGACAGCUCUUCUAACAUAAUAUGGCUGUGAGAUUUCAACUGGGAUUUUGUUGGGAAGAUCUAAUUGAAGGCAGAAAAAGCAUGUUUGCUUCAUCAACUGAAGAAAUAAAGGAAGACAGAAAACAUGCAGUAGCUGUGCCAAAAGAGUCAGAAACCAUAACAAAGUCCUGUUAUUUUGGACCAGGUCCACAUUUUCGUCGUGUUCUCUUCAAACUCGGUGGUCAAAGUCCUCUGAUAUCGUAUUAUCUUAAGAUGCAUGAAAUCACUAACGUAUCAAGUUCUUUGACAUAUAAGAUGAAGCGCACUGAAAUUUACAAACUACCGCCAGUUGCUCCAACUUAUCGAGAUGUUAUUAAAGAGAGACAAAGGCUCAGAAAGGAAUUCCAGGAGGAUUAUACUGUACAGCAGAACAAGCAUAAAGAAGCAAUUGAAGAAAUAAAACAGCAAAGAAAAAAAACUGACCAGCAGUUUCAAAGACUGAUAGAGAACAAGUCCAUGCACCCCACUGAACUAAGGCUCAGCACAGAUUUGUUAAUGAAUGAAUUGGAAGCAACAAUUAAAAAAAAAUCCAGCAGCCUGAUUCCCGUGCUAGAAGAAAUGAAUAAACCCCAGCAUUAA